UGAACGAGUCACAUGCGAUGCGGACCGAAUCUGUCCCUCCUGAAACCCCGCGUCCGCUUCCGGUUUGCGUACCUUUUAUUUCUUCCUUUCACCAAAAAACAACCACCCAUCAGUUUUCUUCAUCUAAACGAAUCGCCUAGAACCAACACAAUGAGUCCCACCAACCAACCUACACAAGAACAACUUGACGAGUGGAAAGAAGCCUUCUCGCUGUAUGACAAAAAGGGCAACAGCACUGUGUCAUCUGCCAAUCUGGGGGAUUUACUACGAGGUCUUGGCCAGAACCCUACGCAAGCCGAAGUCCGCGAACUGGUGAAAUCGGCAGGCGGCAGUGAAAGACAAGAGGCCGAUAUUGAUUUUGGUACCUUUUUGACGAUUCUGACGCGACCGGAUGGAUUCAAGCCUGCAGGCUCGUCGCAAGAGUUCAUCCAGGGCUUCCAGGUCUUUGAUAAGGAAGGCGAUGGCUUUAUUUCGGCGGGUGAGCUCCGCUAUGUCUUGACCAACCUGGGUGAAAAGUUGUCGGAAGAGGAGGUCGAUGAGUUGCUCAAGGAAGUCGAGGUUGGCAAGGAUGGUCGUAUCAACUAUGUGGACUUUGUUACGUUGGUUUUGUCAAACUAAAAUGAUUUAUUAUCAAACAACAAUCCUUUAUAUAUCAUACCCACCUAUCUACCCAAAACACCCCCCGUUUCUUCCGUUUAUUAUCUAUAAAGACCCCUCUUUUAUAUAUAUCUUUAUAUAAAAGCUCUUUGCUCUGUGUCUAUAUACUCUCUAUACGCGAUCUAUCCACUUUUUAUAUACAUGUAUUAAAAAAAAAGAGAUUAUUAUUAUUUGAGCUGGCUGGG